CUCAUCUUCUCAGUUAUCGCUCGCCCGUCGCCCCAACUGGACAACACACGCGAGCGGUAUGUCUUCUUCGACCCGGGAGCUAGAUAUCACCGCCGCUGAUAAGGAGCUAAUCGUGCGAAAUUACAUUCGCGAUGCGUCGACCCAGUUUAAGAUAGUUGCCACUCACGCGACCAGAUUUGGCGAACAGCGGGAUGGAUACUUGGGGGAUCAUUUUUUGCUGAAGUUCACGGUGCUGGUUACGAACGACGAUGUAGCGGAUGGCGUGCUGGAGAUCGAGACCUUCGCCAAGGUCUUGCCAAAGGCGAUACCUUCGUUGGUGAAGUACCUGGAGGAAACGGAGGCGUUUGCGAAGGAGGCGGAACUUUUCCGCGGGUUGAUCCCCCGGAUGCAGAAACUGGGUCGAUUCGCUCCGGAGGCAUUGUUUUCGGCGCCGGGUGGAGAGCUGAUCGUGUUUCGGAAUUUGAAACUGGAAGGAUUUCGGACGCUGCAGAACAACGACGGGCUGUUCGAUUUGGUCCAUCUGGAGCAGGCUUUGAGGGUGCUGGCCCGGAUGCAUGCCGCUUGUUGGGCGCUGGAGAAGCAGAGCGGCAAGUCGGUGACGGAACUGUAUCCGUCGGCUUUGGAUGAGAACUCAUGGGUUGUGAAGGAUGACUAUCCUCGUGUGAAGGAGUUGGAGAACAACAUAGAUACGCUGCUGGCGUUGGUCAAACACUACGAGAAGAAUGGGAAGCGGAGUGCGAGUCUUGUGGAGAGUUUACCGAAUUGCGUUCGACAGAUCUACGACUUGGUGAAGACGUCUACGGUGUACAGAAAUGUGUUUAGCCAUGCUGAUCUGUGGAACAAUAACGUGAUGUUCCGCUACUCGGAGCAUGGGAGUCCGAUGGAUUGUCUGCUGGUGGAUUUCCAGCUGUCCCGAUACGUUCCUCCGGCAUACGAUUUCAACAUGUUGUUGAGUUUGACCAUGACAAGUGGAUAUCGGAGGAGACAUCUGAGUUAUCUGCAAGGAUAUUACUAUCAAUCGCUCAGAAUGGAGCUCACUCGACAUGGAAUAAUGAUCGAAGAAAUGUUGGCUCACGAAGAUUUCCUUGAAUCAUGUAAAUUCUACCGAAAAGCGGGAGCCAUUGACAGUUUGUUCAUCAACGUGGUAACAAUGCUGCCGAGGGAUAUCCUGGAUGAGGUAUUUUCUUCGGCUGAAAAGUACGAGCACUUCACAGCAGAAUCUAAGACGACAAAAUGUCUGAAAGCAUUCGACGAGUGCUUGGCCUACCGAACCCGAAUGGUCGACAUAAUCGAAAAUAUUGUCGACACCUUCGGCCUUCAAUAGAGCCGUUUAGUGAUCCAAGAAUUUCUUUUGGUCCUACCGUAGCAUACGAAGCGUCAGUCGCUUUAGAAAACUAUAUUUUAUUCUACACAUAAUGAUAAUAAAAAAGCAAAAAUAUAAUAUUUA